GAUUUCACGAUUUCACCACGAAUUUCAAAAUCGUUCGAAAUAGACUUAGAUCUAGUUAGAAGCCGAAAAUAACUGAACCAUGUUUGAACGACAGGAUUCCAACUCGAAGAUAAACUUUUUUCUUACAAUGGAUGACAAUACUGUGCAAGUGGUUCCAACAUAUCAAGCGGGUAUCACAGUUGAUACCGACGGCAAUAUCGUCACGAUUCCCACGUGCAUUGCUUCAUGUGAUGCUGACGGAAACACAGAGGUCAGCAAUUAUGUAUUUAACAGCGGUGCUACAAACUAUUUAGGCACUGACGCAAUUCACACGAUGUCAGCGCCUGGCCAAAGUGCAGAUGCCGCUUCUAUCAUGGACGUUUAUAACGGCAUAAAGGAUAAAAAUCUAGCCGACGCGGCUACACGUGCGCUGGUCGACGGGGACUUUACACCUUUAAUCAAAGAGGAAUUAAAGUAUUCAAUACAAUCAAAAAGAAUGAAAGAAGGAAAACCAGAACUGAAAGUGGAAUUCUUAGAGCCAGAACCAGACAAACUGACAGAAGAGGAACUAGAGAGAGUCGAGAAAAGGAAGGUCCAGAAUAGGAUGGCGGCAAGAAGAUUCCGAGACCGACAGAGGACUAGGGGUGAUCAGUUACAGAAGGAAUGCCAGAAACUACAGUCAUCGCAGACCCAACUUAGGUUCGAGCUUUCACAGGUGAAGAAAGAACGUGACGAGUUGAAGAAGAAAUUUGAGGACCAUCUUUCAAUAUGCCCUCUGAGAUACACUCACCAGUUCUACAACCAACCAAACAAUACUGGAUGAUUCAUUAGUGUGUGACUGAACUCUUUAAAAAUGUUCUAACUCAUUCAUACUGAUACGGUAUUUUACUCAUCUAGUCGUACGUUGAGAAUUAGUUUUUCCACCGAAUUGUACGUGAGGAUUACUCUUUCCAAGGGGUUGUACGGUGAGGAUUUAGUUAGUUUGGGGGAGAGAGAAAUCAUGAUAUUGGAUGUAAUCCACUUGGUAGUGUAGUACGUAAGUGUAGUGUAUAGAUGUUUUCACCAAAGCCUUAAACAUCUUUAAUAAGAGAUGAGUUUGUGGCGAGUGCUGAACAAAAUGUUAUGUUCACAACCAGACUGGAGCAGUACAUGAUAUACACAAGUUUGCAGAAACAGGAUAUGUGUGUCUGUGUGAGAGGCUGAUGCAGCCAGAAUAAUAUUCAUCAUAUGUACAGUAUAUGUCACGGGCUUACAAGUGAUGAAGAGAACAUUGGGAGACGGACUGCAUUCAGAUUAUUUAGGACUCAAAUGAUUCAUGGGCUCAGACAGAAUGUGUAUUCAUAAAACCCUUUUGUGGUGUAUAAAAGUGAUGUCAAAUAGAAGUACUUUAUUAUGUAUCACCCUCUAACAUUAUCAUUUGAAUAAUACUAAUUAGCAGCUACAUUAUUGUUCUGUUUAUUUUCAGAGUAUCCUACUUUGCAUAGGAAACAAUGGACAUUUUUGUGCCAUAGCAGUGAACUUUUUAAAUAAAUUUCUUAGAAUAUCUAUGUUUGUUUUAGUGGAGUUAGAAAAUCUCUUAUGGUCUUUUUAUCAGUCAUUUAAUUUGUGAUUAAUACAUGGUUGGAUUUACAUUUUGUUUUAUGUUUCACAUGUUAUUGUUUACAUAAAUUUUACCUGAAACUGAAA